UGGUCAGCCCACUCUUGUAUUCUCAUAUCAAUAUUAGUUCAUCAAUUGAACAUUAUAGCAUUGCUAAGUGCCUUCAGCAUUUGAUACAACUUUGACAUUGCAUUGGCAUAACACACCAGUAGGUAAAUCAGCACUGCACCGAAGGUCAAUGAUACCUCAGUGUGGUAAAUUGACACCGGCUGACUGAGACUCCACCCUGCGUGGGUGGAUGGGUGACAGGGUGAGGCACGGAGGUCACUGACGUCCCACUCUGUGUCGAUCUGUGGCAUGACCAGCCGCGCGUGUCGCCAGGUGGCAAUGCUGGCGUGCGACAGCUCUCCGUGCGGGGAGUCGGGCCGACAGCUGCUGGCUCGCCUGGCCCCGCGGCCCGACCUUGGCUCCGUGCUGACCGAGCUGUGCCCCCACCACCCGGUGCCUGGGGACAUUGUGGAGAUCAGUGGACCGGGCGGCUCCGGUAAGACCCAGCUGCUGAUGGAGUGCGUGGCCGCCGCGUUGAGCUGCGACAGCACCUCGGCCGUCGUGCUGCUGGACACGGACCGGCACGUGAGGAUGCCCCGCUUGCUGCAGCUACUACAGCGCCACCUACCUUCAGCAGCAGCCGCUCGCAGCGCCGCCUCGCGGCUGGAACUGCUGACGGCCACCAGCAGUCAGCAGGCGCGCGUGGCGCUCGAGGCGCUGCUCGCCAGGCUAGAGGAGCACGCUGGAGUCCUGCUGCUCGCCGUCGACUCGCUCUCGGCCUUCUACUGGAGUGACCGCCACGCGCUGGGCCGGGUGGGGGAGCGCGCCGACGCGUGGUACCGACAGCUGGGCCAGCAGCUGGUGCGACUGGCCGGCCGCGGGCGGCUGGUGGUGGUCGCCACGCGUCACUCGCUGUCGGCCGGCGCCACCGGCUGGCACCACAUGGGCGCCGAGUGGUCGGCGGCCGUGACACGCUCCGUCUGCCUGCGGCCGCAACAGGGCGCCGUGGAGGCCACCCUGCGGAUGGUCGCCCGCACGGAGGUCGCUGCGCCGCCACCGCCGAGCCUGUGGAAGCGCCGCUUUGUCAUCACCGACGAGGGAGUGCGCUGGCUUGAGGUCCUAGCUGACAAUGAGUGAAUGAGAUGAGUGGCAGCUCUUUUUUGUGCUUUCAUUUUAUAUGGGAAAUAUUUAUUUUAUAAAUUUGCCUCGCAAUUGUGUUUAAAUAAAAAAUGCAAUCGUUGAUAUACA